AUGGCAAUUCAAACCAACACAUCGUUUAGUGACCCAACGCAGCUAUUGGAUGAAAGCAAAACGAGAAAGUCUGAAGACCGAAUACAAAUCCUUGAGACUCCACUUGCACGACCAAUAGUUCCAUAUCUCCCACCUGCUAUAAAUCAAUUAAUUCAACCAGAGUCUGAAGAUAAUUCCGUAAAUGAAUAUGAUGCUGGCAGAGUUUAUCUUGCUAAAUGGGCAUUAAAAGUUGACGAAGAAGCAAGAGUAGCUGCACGUCAAGAAUAUUUAGCAAAUCAUGGUGAAGGUGAGGCAUCAUCAAAUACUAUAAGAAAAAGAUGGUCAGAUCCUAAAUCAUGGGAAGAAGAAACUGAGGUGGGCGCUUUUGAAGUUUUAAAUGUCGAUUUAAAUUAUCCACCACUACUUUCAACACGAUCUACUUCCCUUAGUCCUGAGAAAUGGUUUUCAUCAUUGGAUUCUGAGGGAAGAUUAAAAGUUGAAGUUGAUGAAAUCCGUGAAAUUAUAUUUCGUGGGGGUAUCGAUGAUGAUAUUCGUGUUGAACUUUGGAAAUUUCUUUUGGGUGUGUAUCCAUGGGAUUCAAGUCAAGCUGAACGAGAAUAUAUAACACAAACAAAAGAUAAUUCUUUUUUUGCCGUAGAAGAUAUACCACAUCCAGAUCCAUUAUCUUCGGCAUCAUCACCAUUUACAAAUAAAAACCUUGAAUUAAUGAAAGAUAUUUUAAUGACAUAUUAUUAUUAUAAUAAAGAUCUUGGUUAUGUACAAGGAAUGAGCGAUUUACUUGCACCCAUAUUUGUCGUUAUGCACGACGAAGCUCAUGCAUUCUGGGCAUUUGUAGGAUUUAUGGAACGCAUGAAAUACAACUUUUAUCGCGAUCAAUCUGGGAUAAGACGUCAACUUUUAACAUUAGAUUAUUUGAUUCAAUUUAUGGACCCACGUCUUUAUGAACAUCUUCGAAAGACUGAUGCAUUAAAUCUUUUCUUUUGUUUCCGAUGGAUUUUAAUUUGGUUCAAAAGAGAAUUUAAAUGGGAUGAAGUUUUACAUUUAUGGGAAGUUCUUUGGUCUGACCAUUUAUCCUCGCAGUUUCAUUUAUUUGUUGCUUUAGCAAUUUUGGACAAACAUAAAAUGGCAAUCGUUGAGCAUUUACAUCGUUUUGAUGAAAUAUUAAAGUAUGUUAAUGAUCUAUCAAUGACAAUUCCAAUUGAUGAAACUUUAUUACGUGCCGAGACACUAUUUAAUAAAUUUAAACGAAAAAUUGAAAUUCUCGAUAAAAAAAAUUCAACAACAAAAUCAUCAUCAAAUCAACAACAAAAUGAAAAUCAUCAUGAUGGAUUAAGGAAGCGUAAAGGUAAAGCAGCUGCUGAAUCAAAUGAUAAUAACAGCCAGGAUGUUAUGUUUCAUCUUAUAACACGUUAUCCUUCUCAAAGAAUGAACGCAACAGAAUUUCAAUCAAGCAAAUAUUUUGAUAACAUUUUAGUUUCUACUGUAAAAUUUUUUGAAAGCUUCCCAGAAAAAAGUAAUGAUGACAAAGCAAAUUUCAUGAAGGGACUAAUACGUAUUUUACCACAAUUUCCAGAAAGAGUAUUGUUAAGAAAGAUUUUGCCAUGUCUUAUUCAAGAACUUAAAGAUCAGAAUCUUCUUCCAUUUAUUUUGCCAAAUAUAUUUUUUAUUUCACAAAAAAUUCAACUUGAUGAUUUUUAUGAAAAAAUUUUGAAGCCACUUAAGCCAGUUUUUGCUAUAUCUGAACCUAUGCAAAGCAUGAUUAUUUGUUUAGAUAAAAUAGAUUUAUUUAAAUCAAAAACGUCGACGUCUAUUUUUAAAGAGGAUGUCAUGCCAUUAAUUUAUUUUGCGUUAGAGGCAAAAUCUCCAGCAAUACAAGAAAAAGCUCUUAGAGUUGUACCUAAUGUAUUAGACAGGUUAGAUAUUACUACAGUAAAAUCUUCAUUAUUUCCAAGGAUUCAGAAUCUAUUUGUUCAUACAACAAUUUUGGCAGUAAAAGUUACAACAUUAACUUGUUUACAAACAUUAAUAAAAUCAUUGGAUAAUUUUACAAUGACUGAAAAAUUAAUGCCUUUAUUAAGAGGAAUUAAAACAAAGGAGCCCUCUGUGAUGGUUAAUACUCUUGCUGUUUAUGAAGAAAUGGGUAAAAAUAUGGAAAAGGAUGUAUUAGCAACAGAAAUUAUACCGCAUCUAUGGAAAUUAUCAAUCUUUCAAAAAUUCAUGAAAGUUAUCAAAGGAUUAAGUCAAAAAGUUGAAAAUUUGCAUUCACGCCAAUUACAAGAUAUUAGAAGCAUCGAAGAUAAUUCUAAAAAACAUUUGGAAGGUGGUAAAGGUACCAAUGACGAAAAAAGCGUUCCAGUUGAUUUUGAAAAACUAGUUGGUUCUACCGGUAGUGGUGAUAUAAAUAAUAAUUAUUCUUCAGCAGGAGGCAAUAUAGGAUCAAUUGAAAUAUCACCGGAUCCUUUUGAUAAACCAGGGGCUAAUUCAGUUCCAAUUUUUAUUUCAUCGUUAGCUUCUUCAAAUAAGACUUCGCAAUUCACUUCUAAACUAUUGCCACCAACAACAACUUCAAAUAAUAUUCAAGCAUCUUUUCCUGCUCUUAAUUCUUUAAAAGCAAAUUAUUCUACAGCACAAAAUUUGAAUAAUGGCUUUUCAACUAAUACUACUAACAACAUUAUUGAAUAA